GAGAAGCAGGGACAGCAUCGAAGCAGCAGCUGAGAGAAGAGAGAGCCAAGACCCACCAGCACCAUGAGGACCCUGACACUCGUGACCCUGCUGGCCCUGGUCACCCUGUGCCUCUGCCGAAAAGUCUCCCAUUCGACCAGUGCCAACGAGUCCCCCAGCUCCGAAGCCUUUGUGUCCAGACGCGACAGUGCCGUGCUGAUGCGGAGACAGAAGCGGAACUACGUUUUCGACAGCUACUACGGCGUCGUGAGAGACCCCCUCGAGGGCAAGCGCGAGGUCUGCGAGCUCAACCCCGCCUGUGACGAGCUGGCCGACCACAUCGGCUUCCAUGAGGCCUACCAGAGAUUUUACGGCCCCAUCUAGAGCCGUGGGGGAGAGGAGGAGAUGGGGGAGACCAGGCCCAUCCGCCCAUCCGUCGCAGUCCGCAUCCAACGCGCAUGUUCGCUGCUCUCAAUGCCCCUGGCCCCAAACCCUGCUUGUAUGGACGCCGCUUGCUCUGCUUGUCCUGCCCCGCGCGGCCGCGCCGGCGCUGUACAGGUGUCGGAGAACAAUAAACUCCAGGGCACAGA